AUGGCAAGACGUGGAAUUUUGGUGUGCAUUUUAAUAUCUACAACCAUUGCAAGUGCAAACUUCUUGAAGAGUCUUAAUUUGAAAUCACUUGCUGGUGAAGCUGAAAAUUUGAUUGAAAUACCAACAAAAGUAUUAGCAAAAUUUUCAACGUUUGAGAUCUUGAAGUUCAACGAAUUUGAAAAGGAAUACAAUAAAAGAUAUCUAAAUGUGGAGGAUAAAAUCAGAGCCAUCACAACAUUCGUCAAUAAUUUACGAGACAUUCUUGACCACAACUUCUUAUACGAAACAAAUUUGACGUCAUUCCGAAGAGAUGUUUGGGAGAAUUCUGAUUUGACUACAGAAGAUGUGAAUGAAAAAAUGAAUCGAUUUAUUAAGCCAAUACAAACUCGUGAGUUAAAGAAUGACGAUAUUGACGUUGUUCCUCCGGAGAAAUUAGAUUGGGUUACUCAGGGACUUGUUGGAGCAGUUCAAAACCAGGGAUUAUGCGGCUCAUGCUGGAGUUUUUCAGCAGUUGGAGCUCUUGAAGGUCAAAUUUGUAAGAAACUUGAAAAAUUUGUGAAAUUAUCGGAGCAAAAUUUAAUUGACUGCAAUCGAGAUGAUGACGCAGGAAACUACGGUUGUUCAGGUGGUGACAUGGUGACAGCUUAUAAUUAUAUGUUGUCGACAGAUGAAAGCAUAUCAUUAGCUGAAAAUUAUCCUUACAAAGCUGGCGAUGCCUUUGAUUGUAUCACUGAUAUAGAAAAAAGCAAAUACGAAAAGAUUUCUUCAUUUGAAAGUAUUCAACCUGGUGAUGAAGAAUUGCUGAAGAAGUUUUGUGCCAAAUUUGGACCCAUCGGAAUUGCAGUCGAUGCUUCUUUGGCGUCAUUUCAAAGUUAUAAGGAAGGAGUUUAUUUUGAUGACAAUUGUUCCUCCUCCACUAUCAAUCAUGCGGUUCUACUUGUUGGCUAUGGCUCAGAUCAGAAGACUGGAAAAGAUUUUUGGCUUGUUAAAAAUUCAUAUGGAGAGAAGUGGGGGGAAGACGGGUACAUAAGGAUGGCACGAAAUUCCAAUAAUCACUGUGGCAUUACAGAAUUUGGAGUUGUUCCUAUAGCUGCAGAUGCAGAUUUAUAAUUUGUUGCAAUAUACAAAAUAUGUUGAGAAAAAUUUUAUAUUUUCAAAAUAGAUAUAUAUCUACUUUCGUCAUGAUUAAUUUUGUUUUAAUAAAUUAAUUUUCUGUUGAUUAAUUGAUUAAUCAUUCA